GUUACAUAUACCCAUAAAUCUAAGAGCUGUUUUAUACCAAAGGAUUGUGUAAACUCAUCUGUUAAUGUUGGUGUUUCAAAGUCAAUAGUGUCUAUGCAGUGCUGCAACACUGAUCUCUGUAAUAGCAACGAUGUCCCAGAUUCCAGCUUUAACAGCCCCAAUGGAAAACAAUGUUACUACUGCGAUGAGAAGAGUUGCUUAAACAAAUUAAACUGUGUAGGACCUGAAGACUACUGCAUUACAGCCACAGUAAAUAUUUCAUCUCUGCUACCGACUGUAAAAGGAUGUGCCUCUAAAACUAUCUGUGAUGCUGCACAACAAGGGAACGCGCAAGUCUCAUGCUGUCAGGGGAAUCUGUGUAACGGUGCUAUGAGCGUCACUACUCAAAACCUCUGCUUUCUCUUAUGGCCGUUCAUCUUCUACAUCCUGAUCCACUGAAUUCAGCAGAACUGCACUAUUUUCCUAAAUCCCCUAAAAAGAAUUGAAAUAUCUACCCCAGCGGGCCUAGCCCUUUCAAAGAGUGCAGCUUUGCAUCUAAAGAGUUAAUAUUAUUUACCACAGAAAGAUCUUGUAUGUGGUAUAUUGACCAGUGGCGGCCAGUGACUUCUUUUUCAAAGGCGCUCGAUGCAAAGUUCGUCACAACAUGUAUGUAGCCCGUCAUGUGUGUGGUUCCUUUUUUUAAAACAUGUGUUCUGCGCUUUGAGAGAUCCUGUGUGCAUCAUGUGUCUUGUCAAAAUAAGUGCCUGCUGCAGACGCAUCUAAAGGGUUUAUGAUAAAAGAGACGCUCGCGUUUGCCAGAUAUAAUCUCAUGCGUAAUCAAAGUUUACUGUUAAGAGAGUGUCUUGCGUGUAUUUUGUGAACGUGAGCGUCUUUUUUAUCAUAAAUGGUUUUCACGCGUCUGCAGCAGGCACUUUUGACAAAACACGUGAUGCACACAGGAUCUCUCGACACGCAGAACACAUAUUUUGGAAAAGGGAAUCACCCACGACACUCCGAAAACUUAUUUUGAAUUAGCGGCCCUCGGAUGAGCAGUCACGAGCCGCCACUGAAAUUGACUGUGAAGCACACCCACAUCCUUCACGGUAACUGCUGAGCUUAUGUGUUUUCAAACAAUUAUUUUCUAUUUUCUAUAUUACUGGUAUGUUUACUUUUGUGUACUUCAGUGUUUUGUGUUAUGCUGUUGCGUCGGCUUUCAUUCUGAGAUUUUAAAGACCUUGUUUUUGCA